AUGUUAUUGUACAAGUGCAUCUCAAAACUGAUUUGUAGUAGGCUGAAAGAGGCAGUGAAGAUUGCAGUUGCAGACAGUCAUGCAGCAUUUGUUCUAGGUAGAUCCAUGGUGCACAAUAUUUUGAUUUGUCAUGAUCUUCUAAGGCGCUACAAUGGGAAGACAACUCCUAGGUGUUUAAUGAAGAUGGACCUCAGGAAAGCUUAUGAAAUGGUGGGCUGGGAAUUCUUAGAGGAGGCUCUCGUGGGGUUUGGUUUUCCAGACAGAUUCAUCAAGUUGAUAAUGUUCUUUAUAUCAACUCCCAAAUAUACUAUGAAGAUAAAUGGUGAGGGUCAUGGUUUCUUUGAGGGGGAAAAGGGGCUUGUGACAAGGAGAUCCUGCUUCUCCUUUGCUAUUUGCGCUAGUUAUGGAAUACCUCUCAAGAUUGCUAAAAAUUAUGAGCUAUUUGCCGGAUUUACAUUUCCAUCCUAUGUGCAAAUCGUUACGGCUGAAUCAUUUAGUCUUUGCUGA